CAACUUAAGUCCACCGAGGUUGGUCACGGUGGGGAAAGGGCCACCAGCUCUCCGGCGUCCCCCGGCAGCGCUUCCUCCCUAAACCAACCUCAGCCUCGGUUGCUCCGUGCCCGUGCGUGCGAUUCCGCGUCUGCCGCUGCCGGCCGCCGACCGCCGACCGCCGGUGCGCACCUUCGCCGAGGGAGGAGGAGUCUGUUAUCGAGCAAUUUCAACAAGGGCGGGGCCUUAAUCUCCUCGUGCAGCUUGUAAACCUCAGAGUAGGGGUGGGAAAGAAGUUUGGUGCGUGGAUUAAAUUAGCUGAAAGAGAAAUUUGGGAGAUGAGUGAGCUUGCGAACAAGUUCUUGGUUCUUCAUCUAGAUGGUGAAGGUGGUGGAGCAGAUGAUACAGAAGAAGCACUGAUCCAAACAUCUUCCAGCAUCAAAGAGGCUGAUGCCGGUGAAAAUGCGCUGAGUGACACGUUGGUACUAAAUUACGAUGAAGGAUCUCUUGUAUCAUCAUCUGGUGAUUACCAGAUGCCUUUGGUGUGGAUAGACUUGGAAAUGACUGGUUUGGAUGUUGCAAAGGAUCGGAUAUUGGAGAUAGCUUGCAUCAUAACGGACGGUAAACUUACAAAACAAAUAGAGGGCCCUGAUUUGGUUAUAAAUCAGAAGAAAGAUCUGUUAGAUAACAUGGAUGAAUGGUGCAAAACUCAUCAUGCAGCUAGUGGAUUGACACAGAGAGUACUACAGAGUACGAUUUCAGAGCAUGACGCAGAGACACAAGUGUUAGAUUUUGUUAAGAAGCAUGUUGGUUCAUCUCCUCCAUUAAUAGCUGGGAAUUCUGUUUAUGUGGAUUUACUAUUUUUGAAGAAUUAUAUGCCGCAGCUUGCAGCCAUCUUCUCUCACGUUAUUGUUGAUGUGAGCAGUAUAAUGGCUUUGUGCAUCAGAUGGUACCCCAAAGAAAGGAAGCGAACUCCUCAAAAAGGGAAAAAACAUAGGGCAAUGAAUGAUAUCAAAGAAAGCAUCGCUGAACUGAAAUACUACGAGGACAACAUUUUCAAACCUCAAAAAUCUAAGCAGUAGCUACAUGGAUGGAGCAUGGUGGGCAUCUUCAUGAUGGACAGCAAAUCGAUUCACAUGCUAGCCAUGAUUGAAAAUGGAUUUUUCAUAUCAAUAUUUCCAAGUGUCACUUUGACCUCGUAUUUAAAUACGUGUUUUGUUUUCAUGUCCAUUGAUCAGUGCCUGGAUGUAAGUAUGCCUAUGUUAUUCACCUGUGAAUGGUAUUGGAUCUAUGAGCACGGGAGCCCAUCACGGUCAGAGAUAGCAGUUAUAUCCGUGUAUUGUCCCAUUUUGUCAGGUGAUAUCCCUUUAUAUAACUGUAAUUUCUUGCACAUCUGUUUGCAUUCAUGUAUAUUCUAUUAGGUGAAAUUAAAUAGGAGAUAGUUGUGCUUGGUUAA